AUGGCUUUUCUCCCGUCUGCUCUCGUUGCCUCUGCGUUCCUUAUCACAGCUCAAGCAUCGCCUCUGGCAGGCCGAGAUGCUGCGACUCCCGUCUGCUCCGCGUGGCCGUACAGGGUUGCACAAAGCUUCGCCGGCUAUGCACCAUUUCAAUCGUCUUGCUCUUCCCGUUUCCCUGUCGCUGCCGUGACUGUCAUAUCGACCGUCACACCGGAUCCCAUCACAUCCGUAACGACAAUCUUAGCAACAGAUGUGACACUGGCUACGUCCGUAUCCGUCGAGACAGAUUACUUCACGUCGACAUACGUUACUGUCACCGCCGAUGCCAGUACCGCAUUUGAGACCGAAACUUCUAUCGUUCCAUCGACGUCAAUCGUCGUCGUUCCGUCGACAACCACAGUUGAUGUGGAUAUUACUACGGUCCUGACCGUCAGUAGUCCGACCAGCGAUACCUCCACCAGCGAUACCUCCACCAGCGAAACCUCCACCAGCGAGACUUCAGCUAGCAGCUCAUCACCUACCGAGACCUCAACUAGCGACUCGUCGACCAGUGAUAUCGAAACAACCACGUCGAGUACCUCAGACAGUACCUCAUUAACAAGCACCGCCUUAUCGGACAGUACUGCACCGGACACAACGACGACAUCAAGUGAUUCGACCUCAUCAACAACGGAAACCACUCCAACGGGCACGGACAGUACUACUUCAUCGACGACCGAAUCCAUUCCAGCGACGACUGAUGAUAGUACUUCAUCGACAACGACAUCUGAGAGCACCACGGACAGCUCUACUGUCUCUACCACAUCCGACAGCACUACAGAUUUCUCGUCCACUUCGACUACCACCGACAGCACUACAUCGACGCCCGAAAGCACAUCGACCACGAGCGAUGGCACUACAAGGAAGUGUCCAUCCUCAUCAACGACAUCGAGCAGCACUGCCACGAGUAGCACUCCCACGCCCACGCCUUCAAACUUGGUAACGAAUGGGGCCUUCGAUGGCGACGUCGACGGUCUUGGGUCAGUACCCUACUGGUCGCACAGUGGUAACAUUACGGUGGGACGCACGCAGGGCUUUGCACACUCCAAGACACAAUACGGCGACUUUCAUUCAGUAGUCAAUGCCUCGAUCCCACAAAUCAGCCAAACGAUCUGGUCGACCACUUCUGGAGCAGCGUACUUCUUGACGUUCUACUACAUGCCCUACAAAACCUCCGGAAUUGACGCCUUGAGCGGAGAGUUCUGCGACUUGACAGUCUCUUUUGGCAACCAAACGCUACCUGACAUCAAAUUCUCCGACAAUGUACUCCCUGUGACCGCAGCAGUCUACAUUCAAUACGGACCCGUUGCAGUUCCGGCGAGUCAAGAUGCGGCUGUCCUGGGUUUGGCCUAG